CACUGCACUCCAGCCUGGGCAACAGAGCGAGACUCCGUCUCAAAAAAAAAAAAAAAAAAGUUUAGUACUGUUUUUGGUUUGAUUUCCAUACAGAAGUUAGGUACUAUUUCCUUUUUUAUCGAUUGGGUCAUUUUUAUUGAUCAGAUCUAAAACACAGAGCUCGAUGCAAAGAUUAACAUAUUAAUAAUUUUGGAGGUCCAAGCCCAAGGAGAAACAAAAAGAGAAGUGAGGCAAAGUAAGAUGUAAUGCAAUGCAGUGCUAGGAGUUAUCACCCUGGUUCCUGCUUCACAAUGAGCCUGAUGCUGCUGGUCUGGGAAUUACAUUUAGAGAUCCACUGGCCUAGAAAAUAGAGUUUAAACUCAGCAGCAUGGCUAUUAGAGAUUUCUCAUGCCACUUUUCAUACUUUGUGUUCCUUCCUCACCACCAAGUCCCUAGGGUUCAGUCACACCAGACUACAAGAUUUUCCAAAGCACAGUCUAUACUUUCAUUCGUGUGAUCUUUGUUCUGUGUAAUCCACCCCCUACUCCUGCUCUCUGCAUGACAGAUGAUGAAGGAAGGAACUCUGAAGAGAGAGAGGGAGAGAGAGACACACCUCAUUCUCAUUCUUCACCUCAUUUUCCUCUUAGAAAAUCCCCUACUCAUCAUCCAAGGUCUUACUGAAAUGCCACUACUAUAGAAACUUUUCUCCAAUCUUGUCUCUAAAUUACAACAAACCACUGAUUUCUGUUAUCCUAAUACUUUACAUGUGUCUCAAUGCAAAUACGAUACCAAAACCCAUUGCCUUGCUCUCUGCCUUGGAGGUGGUACAGAGGGCUGACCUCUGAGUACCACAUCAGCUCCAUUCUCUGAUUACUCAUUGGGUUCUGCAGUGGGAGAUACCAGCACGAGACUGGAAGGCAGAGGGAGAGAGUACUUGAGACGCUUAUACUCCCCUGGCUGUCUCCGGAAAGCAGUCAUGGAUCCUACCUGCUGGCACUUUCCUAUGGGUAUAGCUCUUACCAAGUUCAGGAGAUGCCCCCUCCCUUGCCCCUUCAGCCUAGAUGGUAAGGAGAGGAGGCUGCUUCGCCAUCUCUCACUGGUUUCCUUAAUCCUUUGCCCACACCUGUGUAAAUAAUUUCUUUAUUAAAUUAUCCUCAAUGAUUAAUUUUGAGUAUACCACCGGUAUACUGCCAGGACUUUUUGUGAUACACCAGGUAACUGUAUUAAUCUAUGUUUUAUUUCUCCAUCUUCUUACUUCCCCCCUCACUCCAAAGAGAAGGGAUCUGUCUAAUUCAUCUUUAUAAUCUCAACACAGUGCCAGGCAUAUCAAAGGCCUUCAAUACGCGUUGAUUGUUAAAUAAUGCCUUGUUGGGCCAGAGGGGAACCUGACUCCAGCCCUGGCUUAGGGAGCACAGGAAAGAACCCAGUGUAUUUUUCUAAAGAUGGGUGUGUAGGGAGAUUUGGGGGGCAAGGAAUGGGAUGCCCAGCAGAAAAGGAAAGGAAAACCGAUUUUUGUGUUUUAAUGUGUCAGGCAUUCUACAGACUUUAUCUCAUUUAAUCUUCAUGAUAAUAACAUAAAAUAGCUAUGGCUGUGCCCAUUGUACAGAUGCUAUCGACUAAGGCUACACAACUAAUAAAACUGCAGAGCCCAAGACUUUGACCCAGGAUUUGUCAAAGGGCGACAAAAUCCUGAGGCAGCUGUUUGUGGACUUGCGGCCUCAAUGUUUGGCAGAAGCGGUUUUCAGAGAAAAGAAAGCGAAAGAAGUUCGAGGUACAAGCCUGUUGGGUGGGAUGCACUUGCAGUCUGGGCGAGCCGAGGAUGGUUGCCCCAGGCCCCUUCCUGCAGCUGCUCUGAGUGCAGGGGCUCCGACCUCCGAAGAACUUGCGAACCGAGUUGCGUGUACUUCCAGAGCCGGACGAGAUCCGGAGGCGGGGAGCGUGCGGCUGGCCGGGAACCCUGGGGCGCGUCAGGCCUUCCGGCGCUCUUCCUUCGGGAGGAUGUCCAGAGACAAGUUCAGCAAGAAAGAUUGCCUUUCAAUCAGGAAUGUUGUAGCUUCAAUCCAAACCAAAGAAGGUCUGAAUCUCAAGUUGAUAAGUGGAGAUGUUCUAUACGACUGGGCUGAUGUCAUUGUCAACACUGUUCCCAUGAAUCUUCAGCUUGGAGGAGGACCACUAUCUCGGGCACUUUUGCAGAAAGCUGGUCCCAUGCUCCAGAAAGAGUUAGAUGACAGCAGGCGGGAAACAGAGGAAAAAGUGGGUAACAUAUUCAUGACAAGUGGCUGCAAUCUGGACUGCAAAGCUGUGCUCCAUGCCGUGGCUCCAGAUUGGAAUAAUGGAGCGGGGACUUCUUGGCAGAUCAUGGCAAAUAUAGUCAAGAAAUGUUUGACAACUGUAGAAGUGCUAUCUUUCUCAUCAAUCACAUUUCCCAUGAUUGGAACAGGCAAUUUGCGGUUUCCCAAAGCUGUUUUUGCUAAACUAAUCCUUUCAGAAGUGUUCGAAUACAGUAGCAGCGCAAGGCCGAUAACUAAACCUUUACAAGAAGUCCACUUUCUGGUAUAUACAAAUGACGAUGAAGGCCUUCAGGCAUUUUUAGAUGAAUUCACUAAAUGGUCAAGAAUAAAUCCCGACAAGGCCAGGAUUCCCAUGGCUGGAGAUACCCAAGGUGUGGUCGGGACUGUCUCUAAGCCUUGUUUCACAGCAUAUGAAAUGAAAAUUGGUGCAAUUACUUUUCAGGUUGCUACUGGAGAUAUAAUCACUGAACAGGUAGAUGUUAUUGUAAACUCAACAACAAGGACAUUUAAUCUGAAAUCAGGUGUGUCAAAAGCUAUUUUAGAAGGUGCUGGACAAGCUGUGGAAAAUGAAUGUGCUGUAUUAGCUGCACAGCCACACGGAGAUUUUAUAAUUACACAAGGUGGAUGCUUAAAGUGCAAAAUAAUAAUUCAUGUUCGUGGGGAAAAUGAUGUCAGGAAAACAGUCACCAGUGUUCUAGAAGAGUGUGAACAGAGGAAGUACACAUCAGUUUCCCUUCCAGCCAUCGGAACAGGAAAUGCCGGAAAAAAUCCAGUCACAGUUGCUGAUAACAUAAUCGAUGCUAUUGUAGACUUCUCAUUGCAGCAUUCCACCACAUCAUUAAAAACCGUUAAAGUUGUCAUCUUUCAACCUGAGCUGCUAAAUGUAUUCUACGACAGCAUGAAAAGAGACCUCUGCGCAUCACCGAACUUUCAGUCCACGUUCUCCAUGACUACAUAUAAUCUUCCUGAACACUGGACUGACAUGAAUCAUCAGCUGUUUCGCAUGGUCCAGCUAGACCCAGGACAACCAGAAUAUAAUACCAUAAAGGACAAGUUCACCCAAACUUGUUCUUCCUACACAAUAGAGAAGAUUGAGAGGAUACAGAAUGCAUUUCUCUGGCAGAGCUACCAGGUAAAGAAAAGGCAAAUGGAUAUCAAGAAUGACGAUACGAAUAAUGAGAAACUCCUCUUCCAUGGGACAGAUGCAGACUCAGUGACAUAUGUCAAUCAGCAUGGCUUUAAUCGAAGUUAUGCUGGGAAGAAUGCUGUAUUCUAUGGAAAAGGAACCUAUUUUGCUGUAGAUGCCAGUUAUUCUGCCAACGACACCUACUCCAAGCCGGACAGCAAUGGGAGAAAGCACAUGUACGUUGUGCGAGUACUUACUGGAGUCUUCACACAGGGACAUGCAGGAUUAGUUACCCCUCCACCCAAGAAUCCUCACAAUCCCACAGAUCUCUUUGACUCAGUGACAGACAAUACACAAUCUCCAAAGCUAUUUGUGAUAUUCUUUGAUAAUCAGGCUUACCCAGAAUAUCUCAUAAGUUUCACGCGUUAAAAAUAUUUUUAUCAUCAAAGAGAUGAUUUAUCUGUGAGAACAACAUGCAAUCUUUGUCUUUGCUUUUGGCCUGUUUAAGCAGACAAAAGUUUCCCUUUUAGGUGCUAAAAUGCUGAAAAUUACCUUUUUAAAAUGCUCUAUUGCUGCAAUUUGUAGCAUACCUUUUUUUCUCAGCAAAUUGAUGGGUGGAAGCUAAGAAAUGUAUGGUAAAUGUCACAGUUAGAGCUACAGCUAUUCACAGACACCAAAUCUGUAGGAGAAUAAAAAGCACAUUAUUCUUUUUCUAUCAGAAAAAAACCAAGAUACAUCACCUUAAAGCCCAGAUGACACUGUUCUACUUGGAACAUGUUAAGACAUCGAAUGGUGGCGCGUUAAACUGUACUACUUAAGUGGAGAGGCUACUGUUACGCAUCUGUAACAGCUGGGGAUUUUGCCUUAUUAAGAAAAACCUGUCGAUAGUUCAGCUGAAAUGACUGGAUCACUGAAUAUUAACUCUGUUAUGGAACAAAUCAUAACAGAUUUUACCUGUUUACAUUUCAGGUAAAAAUGUAUAAAAAAAUUACCCCCAAUUUUAGUGACUGAAUCCCACACAGUCUUUGUGGGUCCGGAGUUCAGGUAAGGCCUACCUGGUCAUUCUGCUAGGGUCUCUCUGAACUUAGAGACAAGAUGUCAGGGGGUGUGGUCAUUUGAAGGCUUGUCUGGGCUGGAGGUCUAUUUCUAAGGUGAAUCACUCACAGGUAUUGGCAGUCCUCAGUUCCUCUCCUCACGGGCCUCUCCACAGGCUGCUUGAGUGUCCUCAUGACACAAGAGCUGGCUUACUCCAGAGUGAGCAACUCAAGAGAGAGCAAGGCAGAAGCUACCAAGUCUUUAUGACUGAAGUCAUACACCAUCUUUUCCGCAGUAUCCUAUUGAUUAUUUGGAUCAUCUUGUUCAACCUGGGAGGGAAUUGCACAAGGACAUGAAUACACACUGGCAAGGAUCACUGGGGGCCAGCUUGGAAGCUGUGUGAAUGAGCAAAUGAAUGCACAGAUAGAAUGUUAGCAGCGAAAAUGAUGCUAGAGGUCACCUACCCCACUGUCCUCUUGUCUUUCUCCCCCAGCCCUCCCCUGCUCCCAGGCAAGAAGCCCUCUAGCCUCUGCUAGAUCACUUUCAGCACUCAACAUCUUGAGGGAACCUAUUCCACUGUGGGACAGUGUUAAUUAGUGGAAAACUCUUUUUUUCAAAAGUUGAAAUCAGUUCCUCUAUGUCUAUUACCUGCUGAUCACUGUCCAGACUUCUGGAGGACACAGAACAAGUUUUAUUCCUCUUACCGAUGGUAGCCUUUCAGAUUCAUCCCUUCCCUCCAGUAUAUUAGAGUUAUGUAAAUUCUUAAAAUGCCUAGCAGUUUAUUUAUCCUGAAGCAUCACUUUUGAAAAGUUACAGACAUUUAAGAAGUAUUUAUAUUAUCAUAAAUAAAUUACAUGUGCAUUUAAAAAGGACAGAAGAGUAUAAAGAAAAAUAUCUCACCAAACUCAUUCAUAAUUCCAGCACUAAGGGAAAACCACUGCCAAUUUCUCAUGUUCUCCCUUCCAGUUUCUUCUCUGUCCAAAUUCAACAAAGUCAAAAUCACAUUUUGUUCAGUCAUGAAUCAUAUGAUAUUAUUUCUACCAUUUUUCAUUUAACAUUACAAGUUGUUCUCCUGUGUUAUUUUUUCUGUACACAUAAUUUUAAUGGCAGAGUUAUUCUGCUUUAUAUCUUUUCCCUAUUUUUAUGUAUAUAGA